GUUCGCGAUAAGCCAGCAACACUGCACUGAAUUGCGACCAUGAGUAUUCGUCUUUGCGAAAGAUUGUCCCAUUGAAGCAUGAGUCUUUCGGUCUGUCUCAAGUUUACCGACACAACUUUCGGUCGAUUUGUAGAUGACGAACGACAUCCAUAUCGCCAUCAUUGGCGCCGGAAUUGGCGGCCUUGCUUUGGCUAUGGCAUUACAUAAGAAAGGUGUUUCCUUCACGCUAUAUGAAGAAGCGAACGAGUAUUCGACUGUAGGUGCUGGCAUCGGAUUCGCGCCCAAUGGGCUGCGAGCAAUGGACCUUAUUGAACCCGGAUUUCGUCCCAAAUAUGAGAAGAUUUGCAUUGGAAACAAGCCUGCCGAUGCCCAGCAUGUGUUUUUCGAGGGCUUGUUGCUCGAAGUGGGUCUUGGUCAAGAUCAGCCAUGGUCUGGCAAUUUGAAGUCAGCUUGGGGCCAUCUUGACUUCGUCCGGAAAUCUGCUCAUCGAAAGACUCUCCUUGAUAUAAUGACCAGCUCCAUCCCCUUCGAGAAGGUCAAAUUCAACAAACGCUUGAUCAAAAUUGAACAGUACCCUAACAAGGUGGUGCUCAAAUUUGCAGAUGGUGAAUCUGCCGAGGCAAGCGUUCUUGCUGGCGCAGACGGGAUCAACAGUACCGUGCGAGAGCACGUCCUAUCGCCGCUAUACCCCAAGCAAGUCGCGCCAGUGUACGCCGGCGCCUACUGCUAUCGAGGGGUGAUACCAAUGUCAGAGGCCGAAAAGAUUCUCGGCGACCUCACCGACGUUGCAAAGUUCUACUUCGGCUAUAAACGCAGUGCUGUUACCUAUCGCAUCAGUGGCGGAGAGGAGUUCAAUUUUCUCUUGUGCAAGGUUGACGACGACGGGUGGAAGAUGAAUAAUGCAGUCACAGAAAGGGUGUCACAUGAGACCAUGAUGGGCGACUUUCAAGGCAAGGGCGUAGAUGAGCGCUGCCGGCAACUCCUCACCAUGUGUCAGCCCAUCAAAUGGGGGUUCUUCCAUCACUUGCACACCUCAACAUACUACCGCGAUCGCGUGGCCCUUUUGGGCGACAGCGCCCAUGCUUCUCUCCCAUUCCAGGCUGCUGGGGCUGCGCAAGGAGUGGAAGAUGCUUGGGUACUAUCCAGUAUCAUUGUGGAACUCGCCAAAUCUCCCAGGAGCGCUGCAAGCUUGGGACCCGAGAUUACUGCCGGCCUUGCUGCUUAUGAUUCGGUUCGACGACCGCGAGCACAGCUCCAGCUGGAGCGUUCUGCCGAAGUGGGCCGCAUGAUUUUCUUCCAACAUGAAGAAGCAGGCUCCGAUAUGUACAAAAUCCUCCCCAGGCUGCAACAAGGCCAUUUCAAUUGGCUGUGGUUCCACGAUAUUGACACAGAUGCGAAGAAAGCCCUGUUCAAGAUGAAGGAAGCAAAGCUUGGAUCCUAAAUCCAAGAUUGUGAACUUUAAGUUGAGGAAGGUCUUCUCAGAGCCCUUCCCAGAGCCUUUCCACUCUGCGAAAUGCUGGUGGCAUCCGAUCGAUGAAUGAAAGACGAGCAGUUUGUACAUGGCAUCACACGUCGUUGCACUGUAGAUUUUCCGAUGUUGGGUGAUGCUGCUUG